UUUAUAUAUUCUGUUUUAUUCUGAGUAAAUGGAAUGCUCUAUUUGUUGUGAUACAACAGAUCUUUUACAAUUGCAAUGUAAUUGUCAAAUAUGCCCAUGCUGUAUGAUAAAAUCAAUUGAUGCAAAAUAUUAUGAAGUAAUUGAAGAAAUUAAUUGUCCGGGUUCUUGCUAAAACAAACACACAGUUCAAGGAUUGUUAUAAAAUCUGGGAGGAUUAAAUGAUUUGCUGCUAGAAAAAUAUAUAAAAACAACCUAAGAUAUAAGAAUAUGUCCUAAAAAUGAUUGCUAAUAUGGUGGAAUAAUAAAAAAUAAUUGCUAACAAUUUGAAUGUGAAUGCGGAUACCAAUUCAAAAUAAAAGAUGAAAAGUGGAAUUUAAGAAGCAUAUUUCUCAACUUUAUUACUAUAAAGGAUUGUCCUAAAUGUUAAAGAAGAAUUUUUAAAAAUGGGGGAUGUAAUCAUAUGACCUGUAAAUGUUAAUAUGAGUUUUGUUGGAUUUGUACAUAGAAUUUUAAAGAACACAACAAAUUAACUUGUGUUGUUAACAUUAUAAUGAAAUUUUCUUUAUUGAUGUUGAUGUUAUUAAAUAUUAUUUACUCAUUAAGAUUACUUGAAAGUUUUAUGACUGUAGUCUUAAUAUUUAUGAAGUAAUCAUAUUGAAAAAUAAUUUAGGUUGAUUUUAUUUAAUGGUAGCCUAAUAUUCUUGUAUUUGAGUAUGAAUGAACUAUACUAAAUAUCAAAAUUGAAUUUGGAAUGUUCAAAAUAUUAUAGUAAUGGUAAUGAGACUUUUAAAAGAGUUAUUAAUUAAAAGUGGAUCAUGUUUUUAGUACUUAUGGGUCAAUUUUGUCUACUAUGUUUCUUUUUUUAUUUGUGUUAUCAAGAACAGUAAUAUUUUAUAUAAACAUUUAGAUUCAUCGAAACUUACUGUCAUUUCUUAUUUUCUGAACUUUCAAUAUUUUUUGUGUUAGGAAUAACUCUUUGGAUAAGAUCUAAGAAAUGA